AUGCAGCCUCUCCCUCCAGGCGAAACCGCUCAGUCCCAGGAACACUCUCGAGAGCAUACUCAAGACCAUCUCCAGCGCCCUCAUCAGGAUGUCCGCGAGGAAUCUCCUCAGAACACGCACCUGGACCAGGAACCUCGCGAGAACCUUCCUGUGGUUCCUGUGGUUCCCUUGACUCCUGCCGCACUUACCCAUUUAGCAUGGCUCGCGUAUUUCAUCUCGAUCAUCCUCCCUGUGCUAUGGUUCACCACCUCGUACUUGGCUUCAGCUACUAUCUUUGCAAAUGUUAGCCUCCCUUUGGUCAACAGUACUGCACUCAACACGACUCUGGGGUUCUUCCACCACGAGCCUUCUCUGGAACAUACAUUCACCAACAGGCAAGUCAACGCUAUCAGCGCUGCUCUCUUUGCCCCCAAUGUUGUUUUCGCUUUCCUUUUCAUCCCUGUGAGCAUGGCGUCGGACAAUACCAAUGCUUUCCUAUGGGCUUUCUUCGGCAACUUGCUCACGAUUACGGCCUCGAUCCUUUUCUUGUGCAUACGGACUCCAGUAUCUGUUUUGGUUUCGAGGAACAUCAUGGCGCUUGGCGAGACCAUGGUAUUGCCACAAGGUCUUCGUUUCGCGGCCUCUCUUACCACUGGAAACACCGAAAAGCCGCACAGUGCAGGCAUGCGUACGCUCGCCACGCGUCUCUAUUCCGUGUCCAACAUCGAACUCAAUAUCGUCGGCGUUAUCGCAGGCGGUGUACUGUUGACUCAGCACCCUAACAUCGGCUACAUCAUCUGUACAGCUCUUUCAUGUCUCUCACUUGUUUGUCUUGUUGUUUACGGGCUCACCAAUCAACUGGAAAAUGCUGCUUGGAGCCCGUUUUUCAAUGUCCUUGAGCCCAUGGUUCCGAUCAGCGCUGAGGAGGAGGCUUUUAGGCUUCGAAUCCGCACUGAAGGCCCCACCAUAGCACAAUGGCAGGCCUUACGCAGAGGAGAAUUCCAAACGACCCUCCUCGGUCUAUUUGCCCCUGGGAUUCUGGACAGAUUCAGCGUCAUAAAGUUUGAUUAUGCGGCCGCUCUGCUUGCGGGCCUGUCAAUCUCCUUGUUUGCCAUGGCUCUUGGGCCGAUUGCUUUCGCAGGUGUCGGCCUGCUAGGCCAGGAUACACCUCUUCCUUUGCACUUUCAAAGCCUUUCUGCUUUUGCAUACUUUGGUGCUGUGUGUGCUGGAGCCUGCGGUCUCAGAGUCAUUCAAUUCAACAACCACCCUCGAACACGUGAGCUGGUUCGUGUGCCUCACGCCGGUGAUGAUUCCCCUGCAGUUUACUAUCGAGAGAACUCACUGGUCCCUCCUACCCUCUUCAGCCAGCCUACGGCUGUCACCAUUGUACGCAGGGAGCAACGUAGGUCCGUCCCAGCACCCGUCACCAACACUGAGCAGGGUGUCCAGCCUCAGCUAGAGACUCAACAGGAGGCUCAGCAGGAGGCUCAGCAGGAGGCUCAUCAGGAUCAUGGACAGCACGAUGCUUGGGUACUACCCCAGGAACAGCAUGCCAGGGAGAAUCAGACCUACCAAGCCUUGUUCGCCUCCCUCUUGUCCCUGAUGCUUAGCAUGGUAGCGUUCCUUAGCUGCUUGCCCCUGUUCUUGAGGCUUCUAUCUGAAACCGGCAACAGCCAUGCCCACCUCAUGUGGCUCAUGUUCGUGGCCCCUUUGAUCUACCUCCUUUUUGGCACUUUCACGCAAACUCGAGUAUUCCCACACUCCCGGGAUAUGUGCUUUUACCAAAGACCUCAUUUCUGGCUUUGCACACUGUCAACCCAGCCCCACAAUCAUCUUGCCGUUCUGAACAUGCUCUCUGCGACCAUCUCUUUACUCAUUGCAUCUUUCAAGGAGAUUCCCCUGAGCACCCCUGGCCUGACCUUUCUUCUAUCGAUAUGGAGCCUCAACGUCUUCGGCAAUUUCUCCUUUGUCGUCUGGCUCAUCAGCAACAGACUACAAACGCUGGUAGGGUUAUCGACCGCGCUCUUGGAUGGCGUCUUACAGUUGUCUCUCGAGCUAUCCUUGACCCUGAGCAAGGUCAUGGAUAAGUCCAUCGCCUCGGCGGCCGGACCUACCCCUAUCUUUGAUCUUAUCACUACCUUUUUCGUGUCCAUCCCACGCUUAGAUGUUAUUGACAGCACUCAGCGUGCAUUUGGUAUCAUUAUGUGCCUCCAACUUCUUGCUACCGCCGUGGUGUUCACUGGCCUCAGACUCCCUGCGGAGGCAGGCUCAGAGAUACAGAUCGAAGACCAACAGGGUUCCCAGGGUACCCAGGAUGUCCACGGUGUUCAGAGUGUUCAGGAUGUUCAGGGUGUUCAGGGUGCUAAUCAGGAUGCUCAAGAUACUCCGGCUGUUAGUCAAGGUGCCCAUAACGCUCAGGGGGCCAGUCAGAGUGUUCAGGAUGCCCAGGGUGCUCAGAGUGCCCAGGGUGCUCAGAAUUCUCAGGAUACCAGUCAGGGUGUUCAGGAUGCCCAGGAUUCUCGGAAUACUAGUCAAGGCACCCAGAACGCUCAGAGUGCUGCUCAAGGCACCAUUCAGCAGGUUACUCAGCAGGGUACCCAGCAGGGCGCUCAGAGCGACAUGAGGAUCCGAGUACUCGAGCCACAAGUGGGAGACCUUCAGCAGCAACAACCCCGCGGUCAACUCUCGACCGCACUCGCUCCUGAUCCUAUCGUCGAUACCAGCAACCGUUCCGCAAUCGCUCAUGAGCUGAUCCCUGUCACGCCCAAGACCGCUCAAGGCUUGACUCGUCAAGGCGAAUCGCCCCAGUCUACCCGUGAACAGCACAGUACCCCUGGUGGCGGCUCAGCUGUCAAUCCCCGCGAGUUUUAA